AUGUCGUCCAAACGUAUCAUUGCAGUCCUAGGCGCAACUGGCGUGCAAGGAGGUGCUGUUGUCCGCUACCUCGCGAAACAAGGAGAAUAUGAAAUUCGCGGCCUUACCAGGGACCCCUCCAGCAACGGCGUUGCCAAAGAACUGUCUCAGCUCCCAAACGUCACCAUGGUCAGGGCACAUUUCAACGAACCUGCCACGUUACUCGAUGCCUUCACCGGUGCCGAAGCCGUCUACGCCCUGACAAAAUUCUACGACGGCGAGAACCAAGGCAACCCUCUCCAAGAGGCUCAACAGGGCAUCAAGAUUGCCGACGCCGCCAAGCAAGCAGGCGUCAGGUUCCUCAUCUGGUCCACAGUCCCGAGUGCCUUACUCAGAUCCAAAGGCCAUUUUGAUUCCCCUCGCCUAGUGGAAAACAAGUUUUAUGUUUCGGCGUAUCUGAAGCAAAUCGGGCUGCCUCACGUCGACGUGUAUUUGGGGUUUUACUAUGAAAAUUGGCGCAAUUUUGGCCUGUUCUCGAUUUGCGAGUCUGACGGCGCCGUGAAAAUCGUCCAGCCCAUCAUGAAACCCGAGACGAAGAUAGGGAUGACAUGGAUCGAGCGUGACCUAGGUCCAACCGUGGAUGCCAUUCUCAAAACGUAUCAAACUAGACCAGACUUGAUCGGCCCGUGCAAGGAGGUCUACUGUGUCGGCGGACACCACAGUACGGCAGAGGUGGCGAAGGAGAUACAAAGGCAGACGGGUCGGGAGACACGUAUCAUCACGGCGCCGCAUUCGGGGUUCGACGAUCUCGAUGUCAUGUACCGGUACUACAACGACUAUGGUCUGUACAACGAGUUUCCGGUCCCCACGAAGGAAACUAAGGAUCUUGGUAUCAAGUUCCAUACCUUGGAGGAAUUUGUCAAUGAGGGUGUCGUACCAUAUAUCAAUGGUCUCGUUGGGAAGUGA